UGGCCGGCCCCAGCCCAAGCGCCAUGGAGGAGCCCGGCGGUGCCUCAGCAGAGGGGUCUGAGGGGGAACUGGGCCCCGCUGGGCGGGAUGUGGUCAGAGGUCCGUCGCCUCUUGCCAUGGAGGGAAAACCUCCCAAGGCUUUCUUGAAUGAGGUGGAAGUAGACAGCUCUCUGGCUGAAUUGGGUGACAUGGGGCAGGCAGCAACAGACCAAGGACACCCUUCCCUUCCUCCAGGAGCUCCUCUGCAGCUGCCCACACCGUCAGCAGCACUGAGCACAGGGUCAGGUGACACUGAAGAACUGAUUUGUCUCUCUCCCAAGUCCACCUUUGAGCAAUUGGGUCAGCUUACUAGUGACCAAAGAAGGGAGAAGGAAUGCCAGCAGGGUGGAGCUGAGGAGCAGAAAAUAAGUGGAAGAAGUGAAAAAAAUGUGGAGGAAACAGCACUGGUUGUCCUGGAUCCAGAACAUCCUCUGAUGAGGAGAUUCCAGUCUGCCCUGAAGAAUUACCUUACUAAGCAGAUAGAAAAAGUGAACCUAGAGCUUCAGGAACUGAGGACAGCAACAAAGAGGAGCAAAGGACAGAGAGAAGAGCAGGGGGUGACUCUUUAUGGAGCUCAGCAGCAGCUGGCCAGGCUGCAGCAGGAGCUGCAGAGGAGCCACGGCCGCUGUUCCGAGGCAGCCACAGCGCGGUGGCAGCUGGAGGAGGAACUGCAGGGCCUCAGGCUGACCUACAAGGAAAUGUGCCACAGCACAGAUGAUGAACGCAAGAGAGUUUCUGCAAUGCAGACCCAGGUUGAAAACUUGGCCUUGCACCUCUUCUACAUGCAGAAUAUGGACCAAGAUAUGCAUCAUAAUAUUCUACUAAUGAAGCAAUCAACAAAGAAGGCAGAGGCAGAGAAAGCCCAGGCUGAGGUGGAAAAGAAGAAACAGGAUCUUCUGCUUGACCGCUUGACAAGGAAAGCCUUCGAGCUGCAGGAGCAGAUUGCUCUGCUUGAAGCUCAGUUUGUGGCCCAGGCAGAGGACACAAAGACAACUCGUCAUGCAGUAAAUGAGGCUUGUAUGGAGGUGCAUGCUGUUAACAUGGAGAAAAAGCGAUUGAUGAACUACUGGAACAGUAGCUUGGCUGGAACGAAGCAAAGAGAUGAGGCCUAUGUUGCCACACAAGAGUUGCUGAGCAAGUACAGACAUGACCUCAGGUCCCUGGAAACAGACAUCUGUGGCUGUCAGAAGUCGAUCAGGAAAGAGGAGGAGAAGAAUGAGUUGCUUGUCACCAUCCUGAGCCGUUCACAGAACGAUGCCAGCAGGACAAAGAAGCUGGUUGUCCAGUGCCUUUCAAGGCAGGAGGCCUUGAAGGUUGAAUGUGCCACCUAUGCUCGUGUUCUCCAUGAGACAGAGCAGGCCCUGAGCAGCACCAAGAUGGAUCAGGCUGCUCAUCUGAAAGAGUUGCUGGCCAUCAAUAAGGAUAUAGACAAAACAACUAAUGCCAAAGAGCAGAUGGAGAAUGAAAUCAUGGCAAAGCUUCAGGAUAAGAUGAUGUCCAUCAAGGCCACAAAGCACUUCUCACAACUAGCUGCAAAACUUCAGAGCAGAAAAGCAGAUCUGGAGCUGCAUAUUUCCAAGGUUGAGAAUGAUAUGGCCAAGGUUGUUCUGAACGUGACUCAUACCAACUGCAGGCUGACAAAUCUCCAAAAAUCACUUUGUGAGCUGGACAAGGAGAUAAAAACUGUCCAGGAUCUGAUGAGCCACAGAGAAAGUGAGAUUGCAAAGUGGAGUGUCCUGAUUGAGAACAAGCGGAAGGUCAUCAGGCAGUACAGCAAGAGGCUGGAGAUGCUCCUUUCUCAGCAGGGGGGGCAAGAAUUGGGACCACUGGAAAUUGAGAUCAACAGGCUGACCAAGCAGAUAGAAGAAUGUAAUUCAGAGGUGAUGACUCUCCAGAAGUACUGGCUGAGUCUGCAGAAGGACAUGGUUAAGUUGACACACGACCGGGAGGAACAAGUGGCCUCCUUGGACAUGUUGAAGAAACAAUUCACAAUCCUGCAGCAGAAGAAAAUGCGAACUGAAAAUGAAAUUCAGCAGGAAAUGAAAGAACAGAAAGACCUUGAAUGUCACAUGAGGAACAUGUCAAAUGACUUGGUCAAGUUAAAUGUGUUGAUCAAAAAGAACAGCAACAGCUUCGAGGAGCUACAGUUUAGCAACAUCAUCACAGAGAAGGAGUUUGUGUGCUCUCUCAAGGCAGCAGAAAAAGAAUCACUUGAGAUGCAGGAGAGGCACAGUCAGUUGACUGAGGAGAAGGAGAGACUCCUCAACAGCUUGGUGGAAGCAGAGCAUCAAAUCAUGCUCUGGGAGAAGAAGAUUCAGCUGACAAGAGAGAUGUGUGCAGUGGUGGAGUCUGAGGCGGGACAAGGCGAGAUCCGAGCCAUGAGAACAGAGAUUCACAGGAUGCAGCUCCGCUACGGGCAGCUGAGGAGGCAGCAGGAGAGGCUGAUCCGGGACAUGGAGGCGUCCGUUUCUCGUCGAGAGGUGAUAGUGCUCCGAGCAGAGGCUCAGAACAGAGCUGAUAAGAAACACAUCAGCAGGAGCAACUUCCAGCACAAGAAACAGGAGCUGGUGAAGAGGAUCAGUGAAAGCCAGAAGAACGUUCGAGACUGCAAAACAACCACCCUGGAGCUGGAGAGCAGCCACACAGCCCUCAGUGCCACCCUGUCCCAACAGCAGCACCAGUUGCUGAGGCUGCAGGCUGAGGCUGACAGCCUCCUGUCAGACAUCGAAGCUCUUGGGAACGUGAAACAAUGGAACCUGCUGGACAUUGUGGCCCACCAGACCCGCCAGAAGCACCUGCAGGCGCUGAAGGAGGGCAGGUACCUGCCCCUCUGCCGCAGCGAGGAGACGCAGGGCAAGAAGCAGCAGCAACUGUGGGCCCGGCUCUGUGCCGUGUGUGCCAUUGUGCACCGCAUCCAGCAGGAGCAGCCCCAGCACCGCGGGGCUCUGCAGUGGCUCAGGCACUGCCUGGAGGCCAGGCUGGGCUCGCAGGGCCCCUGACACGAGCACGGACCAAACCCCCUCCCCACACACGUUCUGCUGCAGGCGUUGUAAAUAAAGAAACAUUACAAAAUAAA